CUAACACUAGCUGUGUAUGUAAGCAGUAGUUUCUUGGUUUGAUUUUAAACUCUAAUGUAAUAAUCUGAAUCUGUAAACUGAUAAGAAGUAAACAGUGUUGAGGAAAUGCAGUUAUUGUAAAAUAAUCAACCUGUAAGUUACAACUGUUAUAGAAAAUCAAUCACAAUCCGGCAUUCAGCAGUGCAGUGUAACACAAAAUAGUACUUAUAAUGGGUGUACUGUAUGUGCGUGUGUGUGUGUGUGUGUGUGUGUGUGUGUGUGUGUGUGUGUGUGUGUGCAUGUGUGUGCACGUGUGCGUGUGUGUGUGUGUGUGUGUGUGCGCGUGUGCACGCACUGCAGGUGGAGAAAUGUGCAGUUGCAGAGUCUCUCUCUCUGACCAGUUGGGAGAAAAAAGUAAGCACGAGACUCCGCCCAUUUCUGAGCUCAACAGAUUACUGUGGAAGUUUACUGGCAAAAGCAACCACCUGGAUGAGGUCAGACCAGGAAUCUACAUCGGAGACCUGUAUGCAGCUAAAGACAAAUCCCUGUUAAAGGCACUAAACAUCAGUCACGUGUUGAACGCAGCUCACGGUAAAUACAACGUGAACACAGGUGAAAGUUUCUACAGAGGCACCAACAUCACGUACCACGGCGUGGAGGCCUUCGAUACACCGUCCUUUGACAUAAGUUCCUUCUUCUACAGCGCUGCUGAGUUCAUCAAGAGCACAUUGAGCACCCCUGGAGGUAAGGUGCUGGUGCACUGUGCGAUGGGUCUGAGUCGCUCAUCCACGCUGGUCCUCGCCUACCUGAUGAUCGAGGAGAAGAUGACGCUGGUGGAGGCCAUUAGUGCUGUAGCACCAAACAGGAACAUCUGCCCCAACUCGGGCUUCCUGGAACAGCUACGCACCCUCGACAUACAACUGCAGAACUGAAACAGUGCCACCUAGUGCUACUUUAAAAGUUUACCAUCAUGCUAACUUACGAAUGAAAGAUUGUUGCUAUAGCAACAAUAAUAUAAUAUACCGAGAGCAUCCAUAUAAACCUGCACUGCUGUUAGAGCUGCUGUACACUGUUACAUUCACUCAUCCUACAUUAUAGACAUUGUCACAAAGCAGUUUAACACAAAUAAACAGAUUAUUAAUAUGUAAUUUCAUAAAUUAGUCCCUAAUGUUCCAUAAUGAGUGAGCCAUGAGUGAGCCAUGAGUGAGCCAUUUACUACAGUUCCAUCAUUGUUGAGGUGCUGUUCAGUGAUUAAUAUUUAUGUAAUAUUUAAUUAGUCUCAUUAUUAUACUAAUUACUAAUUGGUCCAAUCCAUCCUCAAAGUUGUUCAGUUGCUUAGUAACUUUAUGAAUCUUUAGAUUGUUGAUGUGGAACCAUCUCAAGCUCUCCAGUGGGUCUAAUACUGAAGAGCUCCAUCCAGAGUAUAUUUACAUUUAGGGCAUUUGGCAGACGCUUUUAUCCAAAGAAACUAACACUUAUACAGUUAGAGCAAUUGAGGGUUAAGGGCCUUGCUCAAGGGCCCAGCAGUGGCAGAUAGUUGGAGGAGCUGGGAAGCCAUGGCCUACCAAUCAGAAGUCCAACAUAUUAACCACUGAACUACCACUUUCAGUUCAUUCUCAACAGCAGCUGCUAAAAAUAAAUUCAAGAUUCAAGAUUCAAUUUUGAUUACCGUAAUUUCCGGACUAUA